CCGAGUUAUCUACUCAUUUCAUUUUAAGUGCAGAAAGCAUAUCGCAGUACGGAGAGCAGACCUCGCGAGGUGCAGACGGUUCUGUGAAUCUCUCUCGUUGCUGCACCUGUGCGCACCUGUCGCGAGCGUAUGUCGUAAUAGGCGACGAUGCAAACAACAGUAAUCUGUCACGGCUCGCACGCCCGAUAAUGACGCCGAGGCGAAAUGUCGCGCGCUACCGCGGGCGCGCGUAGCGGCACCGGGUGCGGAGCAUCGUCGUCGUCGUCAAGCGAGACCGGAGUGCGGAGUUUCGGCCGCGCGGAUUCCGGAUUCCACGCGACGCAGGCGACUUGACAUCUCGGCGCGGCGCACUCGCGCAGCGGCGCAUCAUCCGUUGUUGUUUACCUUUCGUUGGCGACCCUCGCGUCAUCGGCGACCCUUAUCAUGCUACGCGCUGACACGAACGAUGCUCCAAUUUUUUAAGAAGAUUGGACAUAAGGAUAAGUCCGGAUUAUCAGAAACCUCACUUGCAAAAUCGACGACGAGCUGGGGAAGCUUUCCGGCAGAUGCAUUCAACAGUGGCCUACCGUCAAUUCAGACACCCUCGGGUGUACUGUACAACCUCGAGGAGAAAGAGGAGGAGGAAAUUCUCAAUAAUGACAACGAGGAGGCGUGUGCUUCUUUCAGCUCUCGGUUGUCCAAGGCUCUGCCAGAGGUGCUCAAAGACAAGAGUGCCCUUGGUUACUUUAUUCAGUUUAUGGACAGGAGAAAACACGUAGCCCUCAUCAAGUUCUGGCUGGAGGUAGAAUGCCUGUGUAGCGCAUCCGGGAUACCCGAGGAUGCACAAAGAGUCAGACAGUCGAAUCAAAAGGAGAUACUGGAUGCUUUGCCUGCUUCCUUAGAUGAUAACGAGAAUUUUAACUGUGACAGCAUGCUCGCCAGCUGCGACGUAGAUACUCAGACCCAGAGCAGUGAGAUACCGUCAUUUGAUGAGAGAGCAAGCGACGCAAUGUCCAAUGGUAUGCCAAAGACUAGUCAUCAGGUGGUAAGCGAGACACGACAAUCAAACCACGAUUGUGGAAGUAGAAGACAGAGUAACAACGUGACGACGACGAUUAGACAGGACGCACUGAGAAUUUACAGGAAGUAUAUUCUCAAGGAGGCCCUGGGUAUAAAUCAAAUAUCGGAGGAGUUAAAACUAGAUAUGGAGAAGGCCAUUGUUCAGGAAAACAUUGAGCCUAUAUUACAGUGCCUAUCUGCUGUUCAAAGCAUAGUAUACGAUAUAUUAGAGAACGAGUAUAUUAACGAUUUUUUACGAAGCGAAUUUCACUGUAAGCAUCAAAUUGACGUACUCACCAGUGGUAAUGUACAAUUAACAGAUAUAUUGUACAACGAGACAGCAUUCUUUUACUUCAUGGAGUUUAUGGAGCUCGAGAAUAAACGAGAGUUAUUGGACUUUUGGAUGUCGGCUAUAAGUUACAAGCAAAAUCUUCUGGAGAAGAAGGGAGCUGCAAAUCCCGAAGAAGCGCAAUCUGAUGCCGUUAUUAUAUAUGAAAAAUAUUUUAGCUUACAAGCGACCAUGCCUCUUGGGUUUAGUGACAAGAUUCGUUUUCACGUGGAACAGAAUAUUUGCCGCGAAGACGAAGGUGGCCCGCAGCCCGAUUGUUUCGACAAACCCAGUAAAAUUAUAUAUAAUUUUCUCAACAAGCAUUAUCUCCCGGCGUUCUUAUCAUCGCAGCUGUAUUAUAAAUACUUAUCGGAGCUAAUCAGCACGAUUCAAACCAGUCCAUGUCCAAGUUUACAUUCCAAGAUAAGAAGGACAGGUUCAGAUUGCAGCAGCGAAGUAAGUUCUGUGUGCACUAGUAUGCCAAGUAUUUCUCAAAUAGGGAAUAAUAACAGCAGAAUAUCCGAUAAAAAAACUAUUAACAGUCACUUGAAUAUUGACACCAGGCAGCUUUACGAUCCAGAUUCCUUGUGGCGACGUAAUAAAUACAGUUUAAGCAUUGGUUACGUUGACAAUUUAGGUAGAUUUAUUACUGAGAUAGAACCAGAUCCUCAUAGAAAAUACGAAUCUCGCCUAGCUCGUGUUGUAAAACGAUUUGUAAAUAUAGAGCAAGAUAAGGCUAAAGAGGAGUUAGCAUGGAGAAUCGCUGAAAUGAUUAUUCGUGAAAUCACAUCCUUAACGCUUGGAGCUUCGAAUCUUCCUUCUUGAUGGCGCAAACUUGACGUAACGAUUCUGAAGCUUGAAUUUUCCUUAAGUAUGAGAUUUUGUGUAUUUGUGUAAGUAAAGUGCUUUGUUUUUUUUAUUUUAAACAUUACUGCUGCAAUAGUGCUGCAAAACUUUGCCAAAGUGCCAAACAAAAAAUUCCAAUUUAAUUUAUAUGACAUCUUAAACAAAAAGUACCCUAAUCGGGAGGGAAAAAUAUCUUGUACGUUCAGUGUUUUACACUUUUGUAGUUUGGCAUAACAAUGAAACAGACUUGAAUUUGCUAAUUAACGAUUUAAUCCCAAUUUAUAAUUAAAAUGUAAAUAACUUUAUUAGAAAUUGACAUAUAUUUUAGUAUUUUUACAAUCCAUUGCGUAAAGUAAUUUAUAAAGAUCUUAUAAGCAGCAAUUUAUAAUUUUUUUAUAACUAUUAAAAGAUCUUCCUAUUCUGUUAAUUUAUUAUGAAAUACUCAAUGAGCAGAGAACAAUAAUUUAAUGAAUAUGCAAUCCUUUCAUCAGUCAUCAUUGUGACAGCAGAAGCAAGAAAAUCAAUGCAAAUGAGUUUCUUAUUGUUUACAUAUACAUAUAUGAAUAAUAAUUAAAUCGAAAUUUGCGAAAAAAUACUCGUUUAAUUUAAAAUAUAUUCAUUUUUAACAUAUUUAGAAUAUAUUCAUUUUUUUGUUUUCGAAUCUUAACAGUCAAUUUUAAAUUAUUUUCAUAUACAUGAAAAUUUAAUAUCAUUUGCAUUUUUUUCGCUUUUGAUAAGAUAACUAAUGCAGAUAUUGAUGAAUUCUUAAAAUAUAAGAUUUUGUACUUUUUUCAUUGCCAAUUUAUACACGAUGAUACAGAUGUUAAAAUAGGUAAUAUGAUGUACAUAUGAUGAUGCAUGUGUGACCGCCGUUGAUCGUGAUAUUAUGAUAUAGAGAAAAAUAUAUUUUAACAGUAUUUAGAGCGUAUAAUACGUAAUAUUUAAGUACAAAAUGUUAUCAAUAACGAAA